AUGGUCUCAAACAUUCUUGCUCGACCUAAACGCGCCGCAGAAGAGUACGCCAGACAGCAUCACGCAGGGUACGACUCUGACGGGCCAUCGUCUACGAAAAAGGCGCGGUUCGAUAUUCGGAACCCCUCAACUUUGGUUCCCGAUGCCGCCGAGGAAGAUAUUGUUCUGGAUGCAGAUGAGAUUGGUCGCCGUGGACAGAAACUCAAGCGCAAUGCCGUGAACAUUGAUGGUUACGACUCCGAUAGUGAAAACGAGAACUUUGCAACACGCGCCGAAGCGAAAGCGAAGGCCAGUACUGGAGCUGGGGAUGCUGAUGAAGAUGAUAUGUUUGCGGAAUUUGACGACGAGGAAAAAGUACCUGAUGGUGACUCUGGGCAAGCAAAAAAGCAAGUCCGAUUCCUGGAUGACAGCGAAAUAGAAGGGCAAAUCAAUGAUUCUCGAAGUGGAGGCAAAGUCUCAUUAGAUGGCCUGCAUUCAGGUCGAAAGGGUAAAGAGAAAGCUGUAGAUGAUGCGUCUAGCGACAGCGACACUGAUGAAGAGGGCCGCGCUGACCUUGGAGGACUUGAUAAAGAGUUGGGUGCUGGCGGGAAGAAAACACACGCGCCACUGCUCGAUGCUUUCAAUAUGAAAUCGGAACAGGAAGAAGGUCGUUUUGAUGAAGCCGGUAACUAUAUACGAAAAGCUCUUGAUCCGGAUGCUGUGCAUGAUUCGUGGCUGGAGGGGGUCUCCAAGAAAGACAUGAAAAAGGCGAGAGCUGCAGCAGAAAAGAGGGAAGAAGAGCGGAGACAGAAAUCCAUUGCGGACUCGAAUAUCCUCACGGGUGAUUUACUAAAAACAUUGAUCACCAACACACUCCCAGGGGAAACGAUCCUAGAAGCCCUUGCCCGGUUAGGUAAAGGACAGAAGCACCGGCCGAAAUGGCAGAAUAAAAAUAAGAACAGACACAGAAAAAUGGACGGGCCUGUGGAUGAUGUGGAUAUGAUACAAGAGGACCCAGCAGAAACAGCCCGUAAGAGUGCUAUUGAAGAGUUGACGGGAGCUGCAGAUAUCCUUUUGAGCCGCGGGCAGAUAGAUAUAUACGAAACAGAGCGAGAAAUGCUUGCAAGGCAAUAUCGUCGUGAAACAGGCGAAGAAUGGGCUGAACCUUCACCAUCGGAACCUGCCGCGCCAGAGGUGGAAGAGAGUGCAAUGUGGGAAUUCCGCUGGUCGGACGCUCGCGACGGCGGUGCUACACAUGGACCUUAUGACAAGUCCACGAUGGCAUCCUGGCAAAAUGCAGGCUAUUUCGGAGAUGACGGCGUGAUGUUUCGAAAAGUGGAUUCUACGGACGAUUGGAGGACCGGUGUUGUUUUUGCAUAA